AUGUCAAAGACAGUGGUUAUCGUUGGUGUUACGGGCAUUCAGGGGUCGUCUGUUGCCGAUACGUUUCUGAAUCUUCCGGAAUGGAAAGUUCGAGGCAUCACGAGGAACCCAACGGGAAAGCCUGCUGAAGCCCUGGCGGCCAAGGGAGUUGAGAUUGUCGAGGCGGAUCUGGACGACAAGGACUCUCUGGUCCCGGCUUUUGAAAACGCAACUGUCAUAUUCGCCAACACCGACUACUUUGCGCACUUCUUCGCCGCAAUCGGGUCACCAGAUCUCGCCGGAAGCAGCGGGCCACGGCGGUAUGCCUUUGACCGCGAGCUGGAACAGGGACGCAACCUUGCAGAGGCGGCUGCGUCACCAAAAGUACUGAAGACGCUGCAGCGAUUCGUGUUUUCGUCCCUGCCCGAGGUCGCCAAAGCCACCCAGGGAAAGUACAAGGAGGUGUAUCACAACGAUGUCAAAGCGGGUAUUGAACAGGACAUCCGCGAUCGGUUUCCAGAGCUAGCUGGACGUAUGAGCUCGGUGCAUAUUGGCCAUUAUGUCACCAACUGGUAUAUCUUUCCGCCAGCCAGGCCGCAGAAGCAGGCAGACGGCAGCUUUGUCAUCGAGAGGACUUUUAGCCCUGAUCUGCGUAUUCCCUUCAUAUACACGCACAAGGAUACGGGACCCUUUGUCAAGGCUCUGGUGGACUUGCCUGCGGGCACAAAUCUUCUGGCUUUUGGAGAAGAGCUCACGAUGCCGGAAUUUGCAAAGAUCUGGGGAGAUGUGCUGGGGGUCAAAGCGAGCUACAGGCGGGUGUCAGAAGAGCAGCAUUUCCAGGGCGUACCAAAGGAUCUGGGGGACGAGCUCAGUGAUACUUUCCGAUAUGUUGAGGAGUUUGGAUAUACUGGUCGCCAUUCCAACAUUGUUACUGCCGAGCAGCUCGGAGUCAAGUUUCCACUCACUUCGAUGGCAGAUUACAUUAAAGGAGAGGACUGGUCGUCUGUGCUGUAG